AUGACCCAGCAAGCUCGGGGAUUGACGGUCCCUCUCGGCCCAUAUACGGUCUACGAUCCCAAGGCAGGCAUCUACGCGUCAAGAUUGCCACCGCCUCAAGUACCAUCCGAGUCGGUCUACCAGUUCUGCCUGGGCGAUGUGAGCUUCGAUGAUGCAGGCACUGCCAUCACCGACUGCUCGUCGGGCCGAAUCAUCUCAUAUGGCGAGCUCAGGCUCCGAGCGCAACGCUUCGGCCUCGGCCUUCUUACCAAAGCGCACCUCAAGCCAGGCGACACCAUCCUCGUCGCGCUCCAUGCAUCCAUCGAAUUCGCCGUCGUCGUCAUGGCGGCCCAGUUCGCCGGUCUUCGCGUGGCGCUCGCCAACCCCGACUACGCCCGCAAAGAGCUUCGCCACGUCUACCGUCUCACCAAGCCCGCCAAAGUCGUCGUCCACAGCACCUACCUCCGCCGUGCUGCCGCAGCCAACAUCAAGACCUUCACCGUCAUCCUCACGGACACCAAGCUGGGUCGUGGGGGUGUUUUGUCCAUCGGCGAACUGUUGGCUGACGAAUCUGCUGCAAAGGCUGCUCAGCCAUUCGUGCCAAAGGACCUGGGGACCACUGCCUACCUCCCUUCUUCGUCAGGGACGACAGGGCUGCCAAAAGCGGUCCAGAUCUCCCACAAGAACGUCGUGAGCAUGAUCUCGGCCAACCUGUGCACGCCUGGAUUCAUCCCCGAAUCACUCCAUGGGGACCAGGUGCGGAUGCUUAGCUUCCUCCCCUUCUUCCACGCCUACGGCCUGAUCGGGCAACUGCACCUCAUGCUGAGAAUGCGAGGUCAGCUAUUCCUCCUCCGCCCUUUCACGCCAGACUCUCUCUGCAAAGCUGUACAGACGCAUCGCAUCAACCUGCUCAACUGCGUCCCUCCAGCGCUGACGAAGCUCACAAAACACCCUGGCACCACCCGCGCGGUAUUUGCCACCGUCAAGCGUGUGCGCUGUGGAGCAGCGCCGCUGGACGCAGAGACAGAGGCCAAGUUCACCGAUCUCACCGGCGUCGAAGUGAAACAGGGGUGGGGAAUGACCGAGCUCACGCUGGCCGGAUUGGACCCAUCGAGUGGACAGCAGACUCCCGGGUCCGUUGGCUGUCUCGUCCCUGCCACGCUCGCGAGGGUCGUCGAUGUCGAUACUGGGAAGGCUGUUGAGCCAGGGCAACGUGGCGAGCUGCUGAUCAAAGGCGACCAGGUGUUCUCCGGCUAUCUGUCCAACCCUAGCGAGACCAAAGCGUCGUUCACCCCGGACGGGUUCUUCCGCACCGGCGACGUGGUGGUGGUCGACCCACGAACGGGCGAGUUCACCAUCGUCGACCGUCUCAAAGAGCUAAUCAAGUAUCAAGGGUUUCAGGUGGCACCCGCCGAGCUGGAAGGCGUGCUCGUCGCUCACCCCAAGAUCGCGGCUGCCGCAGUGGUGGGCCGAUACAGCAAGGAUCAGGCGACAGAACUUCCAUGUGCUUUUGUCGAGCUCACACCCCACACCUCGACCACGUCAAAGGGAGCGGUGGCAAAGGAAAUUGACGAGUUCGUCCGCUCAAAGGUGUCGCAUCACAAGUUCUUGCGUGGCGGCAUCCACUUUGUCGAUAAAGUGCCCGUCAGCGCUAGCGGCAAGAUCCUGCGCAAGGAAGUCCGGGCCAUGCUCCAGGCUCUAGAGCAGCAAGAGGUGCUUUCUACGCGGGCGAAGUUGUAG